GAAUCUGCCUCGUGCUCGAGCCGCGACUAAAGCCGCCGCCUGUCUCCAUAGCGACGGGACCCCGGAAAUACACCGUGAUCAGCUUACUGCAUGUUUAUCAGAGAGGAGGGAACUCAUAACGGCCGAGUUUGUUUAUUUGUUUGUUUGUUUACUCUUUCGUUCGUUCCUUUUGUUUGUUCGUCGAGUGAGUAAACAUGUCGGAGCCUGAGGAGGAGCUGCAGGAGGAGCGGAGAGACAACACGAAGAAGAAGACGAAGAAGACGAAGAAGAAGAAGGAUGAGGAGGAGAAGAAGAAGAAGAAGCAGGACCAUGAGGAGCAGGUGGAGGAGGAGGAGCAGAGUGAGUGUCUUGUGCUGCGUGGGAUCUUCAAACUGGGGAAGAAGAGUCACGACGUCUUGCUCACGCGAACCAGGUUGACCUGGACCCCCAUCGUCCCGGAGACCCCCACAGGUGAGGCGUCCGUGCUGCAGACAGGUGUGAUUCUGCUGCAGGACGUGUUUGCGGUGAAGGUGAAGCGGCGGCGAGCGGCGGGCCAGCAGUCGGGCGGACCGGUGCUGGGGGUGACGCUCUUCUACGGCAGGAGGAGAGGAAGGAGGCUGGAGGAGGACACAUUACACCUCCACAACGCCUCCGCCGAGCACACACACACCUGGUACAACACCCUGAAGGAGCUGCUCACAGGUUUCAGCCAUCGUCCCAGGUAUGUGAAGGUGUUCAUCAACCCCAGCAGCCACAAGAAGGAGGCCGUUUACAUCUACAGAGAACACGUGGCUCCUCUCUUCAAGCUGGCUGACGUCCGCACCGACAUCACCGUAACGGAGAGGAAGGGUCACGCUCUCUCAGUGAUGAAGGAAUGCAGACUGGAUGAAUAUGAUGGGGUGGUGUGUGUCGGUGGAGACGGCUCGGUAGCGGAGCUGUGUCACGCUCUGGUCCUCAGAGCUCAGCUGGAUGCAGAUUCUCCAGUAAAACCAGUGAAACCAGCGCUGCCUCUGGGAAUCAUUCCUGCUGGUUCUACAGAUGUGGUUUCCUGUUCUGUCCAUGGAGUCAGAGAUCCAGUCACUGCAGCCCUGCACAUCGUCCUGGGCCACCGGCAGCAGGUGGACAUGUGCAGCUUCUCGUCUCUCGGUCAGCUGGUGUGUUUUGGUUUCUCCGCCAUGUUUGGCUUUGGUGGGCGGAGUUUAGCACGGGCGGAGAAGAAGAGAUGGAUGCCGUCGUCACGGCGACGAGAGUAUGCUCUAGUGAAGACGCUGGCCAGGCUGAGACCAGAGGACUGUCAGCUGUCGUUUCUACCAGCCAAGAAGCCAAACAGAGAUUUGUUUGGACAUCGAGACCAAGACCAAGACCAGGACCUGGACCCAGAGCCAGAAGGAGAGGACUCCUGGACGACCAAUCAGGGCCUUUACCUGAGCAUCAGCAUCAUGUCCAUCCCCUGCCUGAGUCCACACACACCUCGAGGUCUGGCUCCGAACACCAGCGUGGCCAAUGGCAGCGCGGCGCUGAUCGCAGUAGGAAACACUUCCAGGUCAGAGUUUGUCAAGCACCUGAAGAGGUACAGCGGCUCUAGUGGACAGUUCAGCUUCUCCUUCGUGGAGACCCACUGUGUCUCUGCGGUGAAGAUCCGUCCUCGCUCACUGACUGGCUGGUCGGAGGAGGAGAGCGAGGAGGAGGAAGGCGACCCCAGAACCACCCCCAUCAUCCAGGCAGAGGGCCAGGCCUUCCCCUGGAACAUCGAUGGAGAGCUGGUGGAGAUCGCCAACGAAGUAGUCAUCAGGGUCCAUCCGAGACUCAUCACUCUGUACGGGGAGGAGGUGGACGAGGCCGAGUCGACCGUCUCCUGCAGCUGCAUCUGACAACAACAGAGGGCGCCGCUGCUCUCCUAGGGCUGGAGACGCGUCACCAUGGUAACCGUAUUGACCCAACAGUGCCCUCUCUAGGUCAUUACAGUUUCCAUGGUGACGUGAAUUAAUGUAGUAAUUCAGAGUAGCAACAACACAUUAGCAGCUUCCUGUUUGACAUUAAAGCUGCACUGAUUUUUAUUUAUUUAGUAUUUUCUGCUUUAAGUAAUGCAGCGGCCCUGAUGAAGUACCAACAGUUUCAUGCAACAAGUGUUCAGACACGCUGCUUUGGUAAAGCCUUAAACUUUGACCCAAAGUGAGCCGUUAUCAGAGGCUCAAGCUUGUUUAUCUGCAACAUGAAGGACUGAGGGUCAGAUUGACCAGAGAAGCAUGCCGCCUCGCAUUCUUCAAAAUCCGACCAGAUGUUUUAGGACAUCUGGAUAUUUUUUUUGGCUUCUGCUCUCCUACAUUUGACAGACCGUGUAUUGGGACGUAGUAAACCUUUUCCUGGCAUACUAUUUAACUAUAUAGUACAGUAAAAUGGAUGUUUCAAUCACUGCAGCUUUAACUCUGAAGGUUCUGUAUAAUUUAAUAGCUAUAAAACUGCCUCAUAAAGAUUGUUUUAUAUUCAAAAAAUGUUUACAUUUUAUAUUUUAAUUAUCAACUCCUCAUGUCAUUUGACUUUUUUUUUUUAAUGUCAUCCAGUUUCUGGCCCACUGUAACAAAAAAACUUGUGUUUAGUCACAGUUUGUUUUACAUGAACUCAUUUCUGAUCUUAACUAAGAGCUGUAGUCGCAAUGAGAAACUAGUGCAAGUUGUUGUUUAAAUAGAAAAUCUUUAAUUUGAAUAGAAAGUGUUGCUAAAAGCAGUGAGACUCCAGUGCAGAACAACUUCACAUAAACAAAAACAAAACAUUUAUUAAAAUACUAAAACACA